AAAUCUAAAUUUUGGAACCUUCUUUUAUAACUUGCAGGAACUGAUGUGCACUGGUUCAAAGAGUAAACUUUGCCCUUUUGAUUUAAACAUGGACAAGAAAGAUGGGCCUAGUAAAAACUGCUCAAAAUUGCUUGAAUUAUCAGCUUCAGAUGAUCUUUCUGGCUUCAUAUGUGAAGUAGAGAAAGGUUGUGCUGUUGAUGAGUUCAGCUUUUGGUAUGGAAAAAGAUUUGAUUCGAAAAAGAUGGGGUUUGAAGAGAGAACUCCUCUGAUGAUUGCUUCUAUGUAUGGAAGCACUGAAAUUUUGAAGUAUAUUAUUGGUACUGGGAAAGUUGAUGUCAACAGAGCUUGUGGCUCUGAUGGUGCAACUGCUCUUCACUGUGCUGCAGCUGGUGGCUCGGAUUCAUCGAUCGAGGUUGUCAAGAUCUUGGUUGAUGCUUCUGCAGAUGUCAGUGUUUGUGAUGCCAGUGGAAACAAACCUUGUGAUGUGAUUGCUUCUGUUCCAAAGUCAUUAAGGAAUCUGAAUUCAAAAAGGAAAUCACUCGAGUUGCUGUUGAACGGCAGCUUAGCUGAGCUUGCUGACCAUGAGGAAGAACAAGGAAAAGCAGAAAUCCAGAUGGCGAAAGAAGGGAGUGAGAAGAAAGAGUACCCGAUCGAUACUUCCUUGCCGGAUAUAAAUGAUGGGAUUUACGGGAGUGAUGAUUUCAGGAUGUAUUGUUUCAAGGUUAAGCCGUGUUCCAGGGCUUAUUCUCAUGACUGGACCGAAUGCCCUUUUGUUCAUCCAGGGGAGAACGCAAGGAGACGUGACCCGAGGAAGUACAACUAUACAUGUGUCCCGUGUCCUGAGUUCAAGAAAGGUGCUUGUGCAAAGAGUGAUUCCUGCGAGUAUGCUCACGGUGUAUUUGAGUCGUGGCUUCAUCCUGCCCAAUAUAGAACCCGUCUCUGCAAAGACGAGACUGGGUGCUCAAGGAAAGUUUGCUUCUUUGCUCACAAACCCGAAGAGCUUCGCCCGUUGUAUGCUUCCACCGGUUCAGCUCUUCCUUCCCCAAAGGCUACUCCAGUCAGUUCGAUGGACAUGUCAACAUUGAGCCCUCUGGCUCUGGGUUCUUCGCCUCCGAUGUCUCCUGCUGCUGUUACAUGUUCGUCUCCGAUGGGUGGAAACAUGUGGCAAAGCAAGACGAACAUCACCCCACCAGCAUUACAACUUCCCGGUAGUAGGCUAAAGACAUCUGUGAAUGCCAGAGACUUGGAUUUGGAUAUGAAAAUGCUCGGCUUGGAAAGCAUCCGCACGCAGCAGCAACUAAGGCAGCAAUUGAUAGAUGAGAUGGCUGGUCUCUCUUCACCAUCAUAUUGGAAUAAUGACAAUCGGAUGGGGGAUCUGAAGCCUACUAAUCUCGAUGAUGUUUUUGGAUCCAUGGAUUCUCAAAUGUUGUCCCAAUUGCAGGGCCUAUCUCCAAGAGUUACAUCAUCCACCAGUUCUCAAUUGUAUUCUCCAUCGGUUCCUCAUUUGCAAGGUCUCUCACCUAAGGUUUCAAGUAACGGCUCCCAGAUGCAAUCUCCAACAGGGCUUCAGAUGCGACAAAACAUGAACCAAUUUCAAUCGAGCUAUUCCAACAUUUCUCAAUCAUCGUCUCCUAUGAGAAAACCCUCAACCUACGGAUUCGACUCAUCAGCAGCAGUGGCUCAAGCCGUCAUGAACUCCCGGUCUGCUGCUGCUUUUGCAAAGCGCAGCCAGAGUUUUAUUGACCGUAGUGGAAUGGGCCAUCGUGCUGGUGGUCCAAAUGGUGUUGCUAACUCCCCGCCUGUGAUGUCAUCUAAUAAUAUGUCAGAUUGGGGCUCCCCCGACGGGAAAUUGGAAUGGGGCUACAAUAGUGAGGACACGAACAAGCUCAAGAGAUCUCAAUCUUUUGGUUUUCGUGGUGGAAAUGGUGGCACUCCAACAAGAUCACCAAUCGCACCAUCUCAAGUCAACGAGCCAGACGUGUCAUGGGUUCAUUCCUUGGUGAAAGAUGUGUCAUCCACUGGUACCGGGCUAUAUAGUUCAGAGCAGAAGCAUGGCGGUGGUGCUCGUGAGUCAAUUCCACCUUGGCUGGAACAAAUGUACAUAGACCAGGAGCGGAUCGUGGCUUAAUUGCUCCAUAUUUAUUCUUUUCGAAUUCUUAUUCGAUAUAUUGGAUAUAAGUUAACCAUUAGUUUCAAGGGAAAACAUCAACAUAUUCCAGUUAUAAGGGGAAAGAGAUAGGGAGGAUAACUGAUCACAUUGUUUCAACAAUUAAGUGAUUGAAAAAAGAAGCAUUUGUUAUAUUCUUAUAUUUUUUUAUAUAAUAACAUCCCUUAGGGAUUUUGUUCUUUA